UGUAUGCAGCAGUUAUUGCCAAAUGGCCAUUCUUCAUGUCAUACUUGUUAUUUCCAAGUUACUAUUGUUCUUCUCUCAAAUUUCAUCUUCAACUGAUACCAUUACCCUGUUUCAGUCCCUCCCUGAUGAUGACCGCACCUUGGUUUCUAAGGAUGGAACCUUUGAGUUGGGGUUCUUCAAUCCUGGUAGUUCCUCAAACCGCUAUGUUGGAAUAUGGUACAAAAACAUCCCAGUUAGAACUGUUGUUUGGGUUGGUAACCGUGACAACCCUAUCAAAGACAACUCCAGCAAAUUAAUCAUAAGCAAAGAAGGAAACCUUGUGCUUCUAAGCCAGAAUCAGACUCUUCUUUGGUCAACAAACUCCACAAGAAAGGCUUCAAAUCCCAUUGUGCAGCUCUUGGACACUGGAAAUUUAGUUCUUAGAAACGACAAGGACAAUAUCAAUGAAGAGAAUUUCCUGUGGCAGAGCUUCGACCAUCCUUGUAAUACAAUGUUGCCAGGAAUGAAGCUCGGAUGGAACCUAAAAACCGGUCUUAAUCGACGCUUUACUGCUUGGAAGAAUUGGGAUGACCCUUCUACAGGAGACUUUACUUGGGGUAUUGUCCUUACUAGCAACCCAGAAAUGGUAUCGUGGAAGGGCACGGUUGAGUCCUACAGGAGUGGCCCUUGGAAUGGCUUUCGAUUCAGUGGUUCACCCUCAAUGAGAGAUAAUCCAGUUUAUGACUAUGAGUUUGUCAACAACUCAGAUGAGGUCAUUUUCACAUACAACCUCAAAGACAAGUCUGUUAUUUUAAUAAUGGUUAUAAACCAAACCCUUCAUCUUCGUCAACUCUUCACAUGGAUUCCAGCAAACAGAACUUGGACGAUUUACCAUUCUAUUCCGAGAGACAAAUGUGAUUCUUAUAAUCUUUGUGGCCCAAAUAGGAAUUGUGUUGAAGGUCAAUCACCGAUUUGCCAGUGCUUAGAUGGGUUCAAACCGAAAUCAUCACAAGAUUGGACACAAGGUUGUGUUCGGAAUGAACCAUGGAGUUGCAGGGUCAAAGAUAAAGAUGGUUUUCGUAGAUUUGCUGGGAUGAAAAUCCCAGAUACUACACAUUCUUGGGUUAAUGGAACUAUGUCACUAGAUGAAUGCAGGGUCAAAUGCUGGGAAAACUGUUCCUGCACGGCUUAUGCAAACACUGACAUAGGAGGAGCAGGUAGUGGCUGCGCCAUGUGGUUCGGUGAUCUUAAUGAUUUGAGAAUUAUAGAAGGUGGACAAGAUCUGUUUAUUCGAAUGGUUACUUCAGAUAUAGCUGUAAAUGAAGGUGCAACAGAUGCAAAAAAGGUUGCCUUGGCAAUUACCAUGCCACUUCUAUUUGUCCUUGGGUUGCUUCUCGCUUUCUGCUACAUUUACAAGACCAGAAGAAAGUACAGAGAGAAAACAGAGACAAACAUAUCAACAGAAAAGACACCUGAAGAAGGAAGAGAAGAUUUCGAGCUUCCAUUCUUUGAUCUUGCUACAGUGAUUAAUGCCACCAAUGACUUCUCAAUUGACAAGAAGCUUGGAGAAGGUGGUUUUGGACCAGUAUACAAGGGUAUCCUAGUAGACAAGCGAGAGAUUGCUGUAAAAAGACUUUCAAGAGUUUCUCGGCAGGGUCAACAAGAAUUUAAGAAUGAAGUUAUAUUGUGUGCAAAACUUCAACACCGAAAUCUUGUUAAGGUUAUUGGUUGUUGCAUUGAAGGAGAAGAGAAAAUGCUGCUUUAUGAAUACAUGCCCAACAAAAGCUUAGAUUCAUUUAUUUUCGAUUCUGCUCAAAGUAAAUGUUUAGAUUGGAGUAAACGCUUUAACAUUAUAAGUGGAAUUGCUCGGGGUCUUCUUUACCUCCAUCAUGACUCUAGACUAAGGAUCAUACACAGAGAUCUUAAAGCAAGUAACAUUUUAUUAGAUAAUGAAAUGAACCCAAAGAUUUCAGAUUUUGGCUUGGCCAGAAUAUGUGGAGAAGAUCAAAUUGAAGGGGAUACAAGUAGAGUAGUUGGUACAUACGGUUAUAUGGCACCUGAAUAUGCAAUUGAUGGGAUAUUUUCCAUCAAAUCUGAUGUUUUUAGCUUCGGAAUAUUAUUACUAGAGAUUGCAAGCGGAAUGAAAAACAAAGGGAUUUACUAUCCAAGCCACAGUAAUAAUCUUAUCGGGCAUGCAUGGAAGUUGUGGAAGGAGGGCAUCCCUAUGAAAUUGAUUGAUACUUGUUUGCAGGAUUCAUGCAUUCUAUCUGAAGCUUUACGCUGCAUUCAAAUUGGCCUUUUAUGUGUCCAACAACUUCCUGAUGAUAGGCCAAACAUGAAAUCUGUGGUUGUAAUGUUGAGCACUGAGAGUUCUUUACCUGAACCGAAAGAGCCUGGUUUUUUAAUAGAAAAGGACACAAUUGAAAGGGAAUAUUUAUCAAUGAGGCUAACAUCUUCAACAAAUGAAGUAACUAUCUCAAUGUUAGAAGCCAGAUAAAGAAAGUAUUUUACUUAUUACUUCAAAUAUGGGUGAUUUAAUUUGCAUAUUCUCAGAACAUUAAAAAUGCUUUAGUCCUGUCACUUUAAAUGACUCACAUUACUCUCAUUUAUU